GAGACGAAACUCACAAACUAGUAAGUAAAACGUGGUUUAUUGUAUGAUAAAACUUAUUGUAUCAAACUCUAAUACGGGUUGGUUAACUGAGAUUAAGCUAGUCGCUAAGGCAUUGGAUUUGAAUUUUUCUUGUCCCCUUGUUGUGAUUCUGCCCCAUCUUGUCAUGUCUUUCUUGAUCUUGUAGCAGAAUCACGGCAGGAUCCCUUGUUUUAUGUGAGAAAGCCAUGAGUUGUUUACGUUUUUACAUCUCAUGUACUUUCUCGUGUCUUGUCAUUGGCCCCACCCCUCUCGUUUCAUGUAUUGCUUCCCUGCCGUGUCUAAUGUUUCUCACCUGCUCUCGUUGAUUACCCUUCGCUUGUCUUCCCUUUAAAAUGCCCUCAUGUUUCAUUGUCUUGUUGCUCGGUCAUUGUAUAUGGUGUCUUUGGUGGCGUUCCAUGUUUGAUGUAUCCUGUGCUUACCUAUCUCCCCCAUGCUCGUGUUCCUGUUUGGAUUGUCCCGUCAGUCUUAGUAAGUGUUUAGUUUAGUUUGUCUAGUAAUGUUUAGCUUAGUGUCAGUUAGUCUACGUCCUGUUGUUUGUAUUAUUAUCCUGUUGAGUUGUUUUCACCCCAUCGCGCGUUUUUGUUUAUAAUAAAAUAUGUAUUGUUAACCCCUUAAUCCCCGCUGCCUGCAAUUGGGUUCUCCUCACAAUUCAUGACACCCCUGUUCUAAAGGUACACCUUAACUCAAGUUAUACCAUUUCUAGGCGUGUUCCCCGAACUAUACCUUAGGAGAUUACUUAAAGACGGGGUAACCGAUUUCCGAAUUACGCUUUAGACAACUGAGUCGGGCCGAGUACCAAAACAACAUUGCAGCCAAUCAGCAGUAAGGUGCACAGUGCACAGGAUGGACAUUAGCCGAGCCGAGCGCCAACGAAAGCGACAGAUGGUGGUAGGGGUGUGUUUGUUUUGGUGAUUUGAACAUCAACAACGGCUAAGAAAAAUCGGACACCCCGCCUUUAAGGUAAGCCUUCUUAAGUGCGACGUUAGCAGGUGCUGAAUAGGUUGAUAUCGAUCGAGUGUUCGCUCUACCUUGCGUUAUAGCUAGGGAUGCACCGAUCCGAUACUCUGGAUCGGAUUUGGCUCCGAUCCAUACCUUUUUGAAAGGAUCGGGUAUCGAUCAUGCGCGAGUCAGCACGACCGAUCCAAAUCCAAUACCAAAUUACCAGCGAUUGUUGAACGGGGAACUGUAUUUAAGUAAAUAGAAAACAUUCGUUUAUUUGGGGAAAAAUGCAUAUAAUUAAAUACUUAGAAAUAUAUUUUGCAUAAUUGUCUGACAGGCAAGUUUAGCGGGUAGACCUUUCAGGACCCAACAUUAUACCUAUAUGGUAAUUUACUUCAGCGCGUUAAAGAUGUCGCAUAUUUGGAAAUAUUUCACGCUUGAAACAACAGAAAGCAGCACAGCAAAUUGUAACAUUUGCAAAACCAGUGUUUCAAGAGGUGGAAGUACUGUUGCACGUUACAAUACAACAAAUUUAAUCAAACAUCUUCAGAAGCAUCACGGAAAAGAUCAUGAAGAGUUUGCACAAGCGAAACGCAAAAAGGACGAAUCAAAGCAGCAGACCUUGCAGAAAGCGUUUCAAAGGCAAGAAAAACUUCAUAAAGACAACAAAAAAUCUGUUAAAAUCACAGAAAAAGUUGUGGAAUUUAUUGUUCUAGAUAAUCAGCCUCUCUCUGUUGUGGAAAAUGUAGGCUUCCGUCGCCUAAUGGAACAUCUAGAACCGCGAUACAGUUUACCAUCGCGUAAAUACAUUUCUGAAACAGCUUUGCCUGAGUUGUAUUCUAGAGUAUCCUCGCAUGUUGCGGACCAGUUAAAAGAUGUAAAGUCUUUGAGCUUCACUACGGAUAUUUGGAGCUCCGACGUGUACCCCAUGACCCUUUUGAGUUUAACCGCGCAUUGGGUGAAUUCUGGUUAUGCUUUGCAGAGUGCUGUGCUACAUGCUAAAGAGUUGCGAGGGCCACACACAAGCAGCGUGAUUUCAGCUUCAAUCAAAGAAAUGAUGGAUGGAUGGAAAAUCCCUCUUUCCAAAGUACAUGUAAUUUUAAGGGACAAUGCCAGUAACAUGAAGAAGGCAAUCAAAGAUUUGGGGGUCCCUAGUUUGGGGUGUGUCGCGCAUUCAUUCCAGCUUGUAAUUAAUGAGGGGCUUCUGUCGCAACGGAGCGUAAGCGAUGCACUUGCAGGUGCGAGAAAGAUUGUGGGGCACUUCAAACAUUCCCCAUCAUCAUACUCUUCAUUGGAGGAUAUUCAGCGCGAACUUCACUUGCCUGUGAAACGUCUACAGCAAGAUGUCAAAACCCGAUGGAACAGUACGUUUUACAUGAUUCAGAGUAUGCUUGAACAGAAGCGUGCUUUAAGUGCAUUCGCUGCCGACCACGAGCUGCCUGCAACACUGACAGCAAACCAAUGGGGAUUGCUGGAGAAGACCGUGAUUGUACUGUCACCAUUCGAAGAACUUACCAGAGCCAUAAACUCAUCCCAAUCUUCCACGGCGGAUGUUAUACCAGCAAUUGUGGUUUUGAAAAAUCUGCUAUCUCAGGAGAGAGACACCGACAGCGGGAUUAAAACAAUGAAAAGUACUCUACUACAAGCGGUCAAUGAAAGACUCUGUAACAUUGAGGAUGAGCCACUUUUCUCCGUUGCCACUUUGCUUGACCCACGGUGCAAAGACAGAUACUUUACCAGUGCAGAUGCUGUCAUUCAUGCAAAAAAUGCACUGACAAAAGAGGCUGAAAAGAUCGAAGAUACACUGAGGACAGCAACUACUGCAGCAGGUCCAGCAGAGGUAUCUCAUAUGGAAGCAAGUGGGUCAAGUGGACACACAAGCAAGAGCACCUUCACAAUGAUGUUUGAUGAAGUUCUCCAGGACCAACAAGAAUCUGCACGAGGGAUAGCUACCACUAAUGCCCUUAAUCAAAUACAAACAUAUCUGACAGAGCCAAUUACACCCCGAUCUGAUAGCCCAUUCUGUUACUGGGCAGUGAAUCAUGUUCGUUUCCCUGCCCUUGCUGCUACUGCAUCAGUGUUUCUCUCUGCCCCCUGUACCAGUGUUGAGAGCGAAAGACUGUUUAGCACUGCAUCCAACAUUGUAGAUGAAAGACGGAACCGACUUCUAGUCGAAAGAGCAGAAAUGCUAAUAUUCCUAAAAAAAACCUGUCAUUGCUGUUUAACCUUAAAACAGAUAAUGUCACUUGAAGUCUAUACUUAA